AUGCCGACCUCUGGGGAUGCCGAUGCGGCCAGGGGCCCUGCGCCCCCGCGCGCAGCGGCCGGUGACACGGUUGACGCGGAGCAGUACAACAAGCUGUGGCACGAGCUGUGGGGUGCGGGCCUGCAGCCGGGCAUGCACUUUGACAUCGGGUCGUCUGCGCCCAUGCUGGGCCGCCUCCUGGCAUCUGGGGCCCUGGGACCCAUGGAGGGGCGGUCCUGGCUGGUCCCCGGCUGCGGCCGCGGCUACGACGCCCUGACGGCCGCAGAGGCCGGCGCCACGGCCGUGGGCCUGGACCUAUCCCCGGCGGCGGUGGCGGACGCUGAGAGCCACCGCGACAAGGCGGCGCCGAGAGAGGUGGCCCAGAGGGUCCGCUUCGUGGCCGGCGACUUCUUUGCGUACGAGGACCCCUCGGGCCGGUUUGACUUUGGCUACGACUACACGUUCCUGUGA